UAGGUAAUCCAUUAGGUAAUCCAUCAGGGCAGGCGAAGUUUCAGAACUCCUUUGUCUUGGGAGAGUGCCUGGAGGACGAGACAGAGCUCUUGGUAAACUGGACUAGGAGGCAACUGGAGGUGGGGGUAGGGAUGAGGAUAUUGCAGAAGAGAUUCGUGGAUGAAAUGUCUUCUGGACUGGAGGAAGGAAGCAGGUGACUGAGAGGACCAAGCAGAUGUGCCAAAGUCCAGCAAACUGAGCAGGUGCUAAGAAAUGCCGUUUGUGGGUCUCCUCUCUGCCUGAGAAUCGAGGGCUCCAGGCACCAGAAGUGCCCGCUAAUCCUGGGCUCCUUGCUUGAAUAAGCCUCCACUCUCAGCUGUUCCAGUGCAACGGCUGUGCAAACUACUCGUUUCUCUUAAUGAUGGGCAUUGGCAAGAACACCACAUCCAAAUCAAUGGAGGCUGGGAGUUCCACGGAAGGCAAAUACGAAGAUGAGGCGAAGCACCCCACUUUCUUUACGCUUCCGGUGGUGAUCAAUGGAGGUGCCUCGUCCAGUGGGGAGCAGGACAAUGAGGACACCGAGCUCAUGGCCAUCUACACUACGGAAAAUGGCAUUGCAGAAAAGAGCUCUCUCGCAGAGACCCUGGAUAGCACUGGCAGUCUGGACCCCCCAAGAUCAGACAUGAUUUACACCAUAGAAGAUGUUCCUCCCUGGUACCUGUGUAUAUUUCUGGGGUUGCAGCAUUACCUGACAUGCUUCAGUGGUACAAUUGCAGUACCCUUCCUGCUGGCCGAUGCCAUGUGUGUGGGCUAUGAUCAGUGGGCCACCAGCCAGCUCAUUGGGACCAUUUUCUUCUGCGUGGGAAUCACAACUUUGUUACAGACAACAUUUGGAUGCAGGUUACCCCUGUUUCAGGCCAGUGCUUUUGCAUUUUUGGCCCCUGCUCGAGCCAUCCUGUCUUUAGAUAAAUGGAAAUGUAACACCACAGAUGUUUCAGUUGCCAAUGGAACAGCUGAACUGUUGCACACAGAACACAUCUGGUAUCCCCGGAUCCGAGAGAUCCAGGGGGCCAUCAUCAUGUCCUCCCUGAUAGAAGUGGUCAUCGGCCUUCUAGGCCUGCCAGGUGCUCUGCUGAAAUACAUUGGGCCGCUGACCAUUACGCCCACAGUGGCCCUCAUUGGCCUCUCUGGUUUCCAGGCAGCAGGAGAGCGAGCCGGGAAGCACUGGGGCAUCGCCAUGCUGACAAUUUUCCUAGUAUUACUGUUUUCUCAAUAUGCCAGAAAUGUUAAAUUUCCUCUCCCGAUUUAUAAAUCCAAGAAAGGGUGGACUGCAUACAAGUUACAGCUUUUCAAGAUGUUCCCUAUCAUCCUGGCCAUCCUGGUAUCCUGGCUUCUCUGCUUCAUCUUCACGGUGACAGACGUCUUUCCCCCUGACAGCACAAAGUAUGGCUUCUACGCUCGUACGGAUGCCAGGCAGGGUGUACUUCUGGUGGCCCCAUGGUUUAAGGUUCCAUACCCGUUUCAGUGGGGACUGCCCACCGUGUCUGCAGCUGGUGUCAUCGGUAUGCUCAGCGCAGUCGUGGCCAGCAUCAUCGAGUCUAUCGGCGACUACUACGCCUGUGCACGGCUGUCCUGUGCCCCGCCACCUCCCAUCCAUGCAAUAAACAGGGGAAUUUUCGUGGAGGGCCUCUCCUGUGUUCUCGAUGGCAUAUUUGGUACUGGGAAUGGCUCUACUUCAUCCAGUCCUAACAUUGGAGUUUUGGGAAUUACGAAGGUUGGCAGCCGCCGGGUGAUCCAGUGUGGGGCAGCCCUCAUGCUGGCCCUAGGCAUGGUCGGAAAGUUCAGCGCCCUCUUCGCUUCUGUCCCAGACCCUGUGCUCGGAGCCCUCUUCUGCACGCUUUUCGGAAUGAUCACAGCUGUUGGCCUCUCCAACCUGCAAUUCAUUGACUUAAAUUCUUCCCGGAACCUUUUUGUGCUUGGAUUUUCCAUCUUCUUUGGGCUCGUCCUUCCAAGUUACCUCAGACAGAAUCCUCUGGUCACAGGGAUAACUGGAAUUGAUCAAGUGUUGAACGUCCUUCUCACAACUGCCAUGUUUGUAGGAGGCUGUGUGGCUUUUAUUUUGGAUAACACAAUCCCAGGUACUCCAGAGGAAAGAGGAAUCAGAAAAUGGAAGAAGGGUGUGGGCAAAGGAAACAAGUCACUCGAUGGCAUGGAAUCCUACAAUUUGCCAUUUGGCAUGAACAUUAUUAAAAAAUACAGAUGCUUCAGCUACCUACCCAUCAGCCCUACCUUUGUGGGCUACACAUGGAAAGGCCUCAGGAAGAGCGACAAUGGCCGGAAUUCAGACGAGGACUCCCAGGCCACGGUAUAGCCCUCACUGCACCCUGUGGCCUGGCCGCAGUGAGGCAUGUAUCUGUAGUUCCUUGCUGGGUAACAAGAAGUAAAAUAUAUGUUUGUAUAUCUACAUUUAC